AACAUUUGUAUGUGCGAGAAAGCAGGAAGACCAAUGAGAUCUUAAGGAGACCCAAUUGGAACUUUAGCCACAAUUCGAAACCUUAGCGAAGAAGACAACAGCGAUUCACAAACAUCUACGAGACGUCGACGAUGAUGAUUCGCACUUCUUUGAUGCGUUUCGCCGCAGCUUUCUUCGUCGUUGUCUUCGUCGUCCUCGUCGAUGUCGUUCUCAGCGAGGAGUGUACAAGAAAGUGCAUUGCACAGAAUUGUGACACUCUUUCUAUUCGAUAUGGCAAGUAUUGUGGGAUUGGACAUUCUGGAUGUCCUGGUGAGGAGCCUUGUGAUGAUCUUGAUGCUUGUUGUAUGGUCCAUGACAAUUGUGUUGAGUUAAACGGUAUGACUAACAUAAGCUGUCAUAAGAAGUUCCAGCGAUGCGUACAUAGGCUAAGCAAAGCGAUAAAACAGUCUAAAAACAAAAAGGUUGGCUUUUCCACAAAGUGCCCUUAUUCAGUAGUCAUACCUACAGUGAAUCAAGGAAUGGAUAUUGGAAUCUUAUUCAGUCAAUUAGGUAAUGAUAUGAAAAUAGAGCUCUGAGUUUUGCUGCUCAUAUACUCUGGACUUCUUUCAGGCAUCACAUUGGUGUUGUAACUAAAGCUUACCUCAGAUUUUUUUUUACUGACUGGUGAUUACCUUAAUUAUUGCAAUUGCAAGUCGCUGAUAGAUUACAUGUAUGAAGCGAUGGCACUACGUGAAUCUGUACUAUACACAAUGCAAGUUUUGAUCGGAAACUCUUCUCUA